AUGGGCCGCGGCAUCGGGCUCGCGCGAAGCUGGUGCGGCCGCUUGGGACUGCUCAGCCCGAAGGCUGCCGAGGCUCGCCCGCUCGGGCUCCAGGCUCGCCCGCUCGGGCUCCAGGCUCGCCCGCCCGGGCUGCAGGCUCGCCCGCCCGGGCUCACCCUACCGCUCGCGUUCAGCCUGCCGCUCGGGCUGGCCCGGCCGAGCGGGCUCGGGAGGGGGCUCGAGCCCAUGCGCGGUUUGGACGUGGACGCGUCCAACCUCGCUGCCUCCUGCCUCCUGCCCAUGGCGGCCAGCCUGACUAGCCUUGUGGCUGACCUCGAGGAGGUCGCCCACCCGCUCGGCGGCAUGGCCUUUGAGCGGACGGCGGUCACGCGCAACGACCGCCCGCAGCGGCCGCUGCUCGACUAUGACCUGUCCGACUUUGGCGCCGUCGGUGAGCUGACGGUGCAGAUGCACACAGAGGCGGUGCCCUACGGGCUGUCGACGGCGGCGGGCGGCGGGUACGAGGCGCUGCUCUCGGACUUUGCAAAGCACUCAGCCGAGAAGCGGCAGGCCAAGCCCGCACGGGCGCCGGCGCCGGCUGGCGGUGGGAGCAGACGGCCGGCCGUCGGCCGGGAGGCGAGAGGCGGCCCGAGAGGCGGCCCGAGAGGCGGUACGGCUCGCGGCAGCGAGGUGCCUCCCGAGAGCUACGUCUGCCACAACUGCAGGCAGCCGGGCCACUGGAUCGCAAACUGCCCGCUGCCGCGUCAGAGCAAGCGGCCGAGGGACGACGCAAUAUGCAACGUCCCCGGCCACUUCGUCGCCGACUGCCCGCUCGCCCCGCGAGAGCGCGCGGCGGAGCGGCCUCCGCCUCCCCCUGGCUACGUCUGCCGCAAGUGCAACCAGUCGGGGCACUGGGUCGAGCUCUGCCAGCUGCGCGGGCACCACAACCCCGCGCCCGCGGUGCCGCCGGUCACGCCGAGCGCCGAGUCGGCCGAGGUCGGGCGCGACAUCGCGGAGGCGCUCGAGGAGGCGGAGGAGGAGGCGGUCGAGCAGAUCUGCAGGCUGGUCGAGGUGCUCGGCGAGGAGGCGUGCCGCGGGCUGCUCGUGCAGGCGUGGCAGGUCGAGGAGAACGGCGGGCUGCUCCGCACCGACGGCUCGGGCCAGCGCCGCACGCCCGGCGGCGUCUUCCUGUGGCUUGUCAAGCAGCAGGCCACGCCAGAGCAGCGCGCGCGCGUCUGGCCCAAGGCCGGCCAGGAGACGCCGGCCACGGCGAAAUAA